GCCCUAGGUUACCACUGGCCUAACACAAGUUUUUUUCUCUCAUCCAAGAAGCACAAUCAACCCAAGAGGAGGAGAAGAGAAAAAAAUUAGUAAGUGAGAUUGGAUUGAUUUGAGCAUUUAGCAAUCAAGAUCUUGCAAGCUUUUGAGAGUGAAUCAAGUUGUGCCAAACAUUGUUCAGAAAUUUUGUCCGAGGGAAAAGAAGAAAGUAAGCUAUGGCAGCCCAAGGAGAGGAUCUCAACCUCGAAGCGACAGAGCUCAGGCUAGGACUGCCGGGCACGGUGGAGUCGGAGAAGCAGCAAAUGCCUCCGAGCGGGCGGAGCAUGAAGAGGAAUCUAAUCGACGUGAACGACGAGCGCGAGUCCAAUAAGGAGGAGUCCGAUGGGUUGAGCGCCCAAAAUUGCGACAAGCAAGAUGUGCAUCGACCAUCUAAGGCACAAGUUGUGGGGUGGCCGCCGGUCCGAUCAUACCGCAAGAACUGCUUCCAGAAGAAGGUGGAGAGCGAGUCGACCGGGGCUUUCAUCAAAGUGAGCAUGGAUGGAGCUCCAUACCUGAGGAAGAUUGAUCUGAAGCUCUACAAGGGCUACUCAGAUCUACUCAAGGACUUGCAAGACAUGUUCAAGUUCAAAGUUGGUGAGUACUGUGAGAGAGAAGGUUACAAUGGAUCAGAGUUUGUACCCACCUAUGAAGAUAAAGAUGGUGAUUGGAUGCUAGUUGGAGAUGUUCCAUGGAACAUGUUUAUCACUUCUUGCAAGAGGCUCAGAAUCAUGAAAGGUUCAUCAGAAGUGUAGAAGGGCUUGGGAAUUUGAUGGGCAUGGCCUUUGCUUCUUUCAUCAAGAGGACAAUGCUUCAAAAGCUUGGGCUUUCGGAGAUUUGAACCUGGGAUCAUGACUUUAGUUUUCAUGCCUCUCUCUUAUGAAACAUGGAAAAGAGGGAAAAAAAAAGUCAAAAUGGUUUUUUCCUUUCUCUUUUUAACUUAAUGUUCAGUUGAGUAUACUUCCUUUGGAUCAUUGUACAGAGAGGAAAAAUAAAAUAAACGACUCUGCUUCUGUGUUUCCCUUUAUACUUAGAAGCAAGAGGUUCGAAAUACGCAGAUCUUGUAUGUUGCGAUGAUUCAACCGUC